AUGAAGCCACUGAAACGGUACUCUGCUCUAGCUUUUCACAGUGAAAGAAACAAGAUCCGAAUUGCAAAUUCUGGUGCCAUACCAGUAUUGCUGGAGAUCAUUCAAUGCCAAAACGAGUCAUUGAUUGACCUUGCAGCAGCAGCCCUCUUGGUUCUUUCUUCUUGCUCCGCUAACAAGCUAGCAAUCGCAGCAUUUGGGGCUAUCCCAAUCCUGAUAAUCCCAUCUAUUGUUUCUUUUGGUAUGGUAAAAGCCAUGCUUCAACUAAUGUAUGAGUUCGGAAAACAAUCAGAGAUGAUUGAGAAGGCGAGGGCAUUACUGGAGAAGAUGGUUUCCUCGUCAGAGAUUGCACUGAAGGAGGUUGCUGAGACUGCAUCUCUUGUAAUCCACUUUCUAGUGGAGGCCAUCGAGGAAGGUACACCACUAUGCAAAGAGCACGCUGCAGCUAUGUUACUGGUCAUGUGCCAAAGCUGUAGGGAUAGAUGCAAAUCCAGAGAUUGGCCAAAAAGUUUUGGGGUUGCAGAAAGGUAG